GGCGCACUGGUUUGUCCCCCGCCGGCUCCCGUGCUCUCCCGAGAGGCGGUCCCCGGAGCGGGGGAGGGGGUGGGACCAGGCUCCUCGGCUACCGCAGCUGGAGAGCGGCCGCGCCGGAGCCGAGGUGGCGUCGGGGUGCGCUGCGGGUGGAGCGAAGCGGAAGAAGGAGGAGGAGCUGGUGCGCGAUGGCGGCGGCGGCGGCGGCCUACGAGCAGCUGAAGCUGCACAUUACACCUGAAAAGUUCUAUGUGGAAGCUUGUGACGAUGGAGCAGACGACGUGCUCACCAUUGACCGAGUGUCCACGGAGGUCAGCCUUGCAGUCAAAAAAGAUGUCCCCCCUUCAGCUGUUACAAGACCAAUAUUUGGGAUACUGGGCACAAUCCAUCUGGUGGCAGGUAAUUAUCUUGUUGUCAUUACCAAAAAGAUGAAAGUAGGUGAAUUUUUUAAUCAUGCAAUCUGGAAAGCCACAGAUUUCGAUGUUCUUUCUUAUAAGAAGACAAUGCUGCACUUAACUGAUAUUCAGUUACAAGAUAAUAAAACUUUCUUAGCAAUGCUAAACCAUGUCUUGAGUACGGAUGGAUUUUACUUUUCAACAACGUAUGACUUGACCCAUACUCUGCAGCGGCUGUCAAACACCAGCCCAGAAUUCCAGGAAAUGAGUCUCUUGGAAAGGGCAGAUCAGCGGUUUGUGUGGAAUGGGCACCUGCUUAGAGAACUGUCUGCUCAGCCAGAGGUCCAUCGGUUUGCUCUUCCAGUGUUACAUGGCUUUAUUACUAUGCACUCAUGUUCUAUUAAUGGGAAAUACUUUGAUUGGAUUCUCAUCUCCCGAAGGAGUUGUUUCAGGGCUGGCGUGCGCUACUACGUAAGAGGAAUUGAUUCUGAAGGUCAUGCAGCUAACUUUGUAGAAACAGAACAGAUUGUGCACUACAAUGGGAACAGGGCGUCGUUUGUACAGACUCGAGGAUCAAUACCUUUUUUCUGGUCACAAAGACCAAAUCUAAAGUACAAACCACAGCCACAGAUCAACAAAGUAGCAAAUCAUAUGGAUGGUUUCCAAAGACAUUUUGAUUCACAAGUAAUUAUUUAUGGAAAGCAAGUCAUAAUUAAUCUGGUGAAUCACAAGGGAUCAGAGAAACCACUUGAGCAAACAUUUGCAAAAAUGGUGUCAUCACUGGGUAGCGGGAUGAUCAGGUACAUUGCCUUUGAUUUCCAUAAGGAGUGUAAAAAUAUGAGAUGGGAUCGACUGAGUAUUUUAUUGGACCAAGUAGCAGAAAUGCAGGAUGAGUUAAGUUAUUUUUUAGUAGACUCCGCCGGCAAGGUGGUGGCGAACCAGGAAGGAGUUUUCCGCAGCAACUGCAUGGACUGUCUAGACAGAACAAAUGUCAUACAGAGUUUACUGGCUCGACGCUCCCUUCAGGCCCAGCUGCAGAGACUAGGAGUUCUGCACGUAGGACAAAAGCUUGAAGAACAAGAUGAAUUUGAGAAGAUUUACAAAAAUGCCUGGGCCGAUAAUGCUAAUGCUUGUGCCAAACAGUAUGCAGGAACUGGUGCCUUGAAGACUGACUUUACAAGAACUGGAAAAAGAACUCAAUGGGGACUUUUAAUGGAUGGCUGCAACUCGUUACUGCGGUAUUACAAGAACAACUUUUCUGAUGGAUUUAGACAAGAUUCCAUAGACUUAUUUCUUGGAAACUAUUCAGUGGAUGAAUUAGAAUCUCAUAGUCCUUUAAGUGUUCCACGGGACUGGAAAUUCCUGGCGUUGCCCAUCAUCAUGGUUGUUGCCUUUUCAAUGUGCAUCAUCUGCCUGCUCAUGGCUGGUGACACUUGGACAGAAACAUUGGCAUAUGUCCUCUUCUGGGGAGUUGCAAGCAUUGGAACAUUUUUUAUUAUUCUUUACAAUGGCAAAGAUUUUGUUGAUGCACCUAGAUUGGUCCAGAAAGAAAAGAUAGACUGAAUUUGUGUUUGUGGAAAGCGGCUUGGCUUGGAAGACUCCAUGAUGCAGAACUGGAGUCUUUACUGACCUGCUUUCCACAUGAGCCCCAAGGUUGUCUUACGGCAUCUUUGGUCCAGACGCACCUCUUGUGGUCUGGCUGGGUGACGCCUUAGAGCUGCUCUGAUGAUCUCUUUACAGUUGGGAUGUUAAUAUCUAUAAUUUGAAGCUGUGCUGUAAUUGACAUGUAACUUAACUUCAGCUCACAAAUCAGAAGAAGUCUAUUCACUGUCAAGCUAAUCAGCAGUUCACAGAUAAGUAAUAUAUUUUAAAAAAUUUAACUUCUUUCAUUAUUUAAGACGAAAUUAUUUUUCUAGCUCUGUUUCACCAUUGUCACUGUAAAGCAGUCACUGUUAGCAAGCAUAUUUUCCGUGUAUCCUUGGACUUUUCUGAAAAGUUUAAUAA